AUGUAUCCCGGAUGUUUCGUGCCGUUCGUUGUCAACUACUCGGUGGCGAAGUACCUCCCCGUCGGCGGUGUCGUCAGCUCCGACGAGUUCUCCGCCGGAGGCCACCUCUGGACGAUCGACUGCUACCCCAGCGGCGUGAAGAAGACGGCGGCCGUCAGCGGCAAGUACCUCUCCCUCUUUCUCAGGGUCAAGAGCGCCGGAUCCAAUGGCGUCAAGGACAUGUUCGAGGCCUUCGCGCUGACCAGAGGCGGCGAGCCGUCCGCCGGCGCCGCCGCCCAGAGGACCCACUUCCGCGUGUUCCGGUGCAACUCCGGCGACGAGGACUGGGGCUGGUCCCGGUUCGCGGCGCGGCAGGAGCUGGAGGACAGGUACGCCAUGGACAGGCUGAAGCAGAUGUGCGCCGAGCGACUGCUGCGCAGCAUGACGACGGAGUCGGUCGCCGAUAUCAUGGUCUGCGCCGAGACGUACAACUGCCCGGAGCUGAAGACGAAGUGCGUCGAGUUCUUCGUCGCCGACAAAAACUUCAAGAAGGCCGUUUUCACCCAUGGCUUUGCAGUGCUGCUGCAGAAGUUCCCGGUGAUCGCUGCUGACAUCAAGAUGAGAGUUGGGAGAUAG